CCGCAGCACACCUGUGCAGUAAUUUGUUAGACCACAGGUGCAAGAGAGGAAAUUCUGAUACCAACAGAGAUCAGCAGGGGAGCAAAAUGCCAAAGAAAAGUGAUACAAGAAAAUUAGAAGACGUGGGAAUAGAAAUUGAUGGAGAGGUGGACGGUGCUGAAGAGAACAACAAACCCAAAGGCAAAGGUGCUAAAAAAACCGCAGCCGGCAAACGUGGCAAGGCUGCUGCAAGUGAGGAUGACGAGGAUGAUGAUGAUGCACCCCCUAGAGCUCGUAGAGCGGCCAAUAAAAAGAAACCGGCCCAGGCAGAGGCAGACGAGGAGGAUAGCGACGAUGACAUUCCGCAGAGGAGAUGUGCAGGGAACAGGAGAAGAGGAAAAGUGAGAGACAAAGGUGGAGAAGGGGGAGAAAGCAAAAGGAAAGGGAGAGGCGGGAAAAAACAGAAGAACUCUAAAGGCAAAGCAAAGGAAAAUGAUAAAGGAAGCGACGAUGACAAGAAGAAGAAAAAGGAUAGUAGUGGAGACGAUUCAAAUUCUGAUGAAGAAGAGGACUCCAUGUCUGAAGGAGAAAUGGCCAGAUUGAUGGAGGAGGUGGAGGAGAAGAAGAAACUGAUAGCAAAUAUCAGAAACAAGCCCUGGAGAAUGAGAAGACGACUCAAAGUUCUCAAGGAGGCUCAGCAGUUUGUGGAUAAAUUUGAAGGAGCUCUGGGCAAAGGCAAAGGCAGGAAGCUAUAUGCUUACAAAGUCAUGAUGAUGAAGAAAUGGAUCAAAUUUCAACGAGAUUUCGAAAAUUUUAGAACGGCUUGCAUACCUUGGGAGCGGAAAAUAAAGGAAGUUGAGAGUCACUUUGGCUCCUCUGUUGCUUCAUAUUUUAUCUUCCUGCGUUGGAUGUACGGCAUGAACAUGGUCCUCUUCGGCUUGACUUUUGGCCUGGUUGUGAUACCAGAGGUUCUCAUGGGACUUCCAUAUGGGUCCAUUCCUCGGAAAACUGUGCCGAGGGAGGAUCAAGACACUGCGAUGGAUUACUCUGUACUUACGGACUUCAGUGGUUACUGCAAGUACUCAGUACUUUUCUAUGGCUACUACAAUAACCAGAGAACCAUUGGCUUACUGAAGUUUCGUCUCCCUCUGUCCUACCUCAUGGUGGGCAUUGGGACCUUCGGGUAUAGCCUCAUGGUUGUGAUCAGAACGAUGGCUAAAAACGCAGAUGUGGGGGGAGGGGACGGCGAGGACAAUGAAUUCACUUUUGCCUGGAAGAUGUUCACCAGCUGGGAUUAUCUUAUUGGAAAUUCUGAGACAGCCGACAAUAAAUUUGCCUCCAUCACCACCAGCUUCAAAGAGUCCAUUGUGGAUGAACAGGAGAACCAAAAGGAUGAGAACAUUCAUCUCAGAAGGUUCUUACGUGUCCUAGCCAACCUCCUUAUCACCUGUACUCUAGGAGGAAGUGGCUAUCUCAUCUACUUUGUGGUCAAACGCUCCCAAGAGUUUGCUAACAUGAGCAACCUCUCCUGGUAUGAGAAGAAUGAGCUUGAGAUCAUCAUGUCUCUUUUGGGUCUGGUGGGUCCAAUGCUCUUUGAGACGAUUGCUGAAUUGGAAGAAUACCAUCCACGUAUUGCUCUUAAGUGGCAGCUGGGCCGUAUAUUUGCGCUCUUUCUUGGUAACCUCUACACAUUCCUGCUCGCUCUGUUUGAUGAGGUCAAUGCAAAACUGGAAGAAGAGGAAUCCAUAAGGAAUGCCAGCAUUUGGUUAUUGAAGGAGUAUUAUGCCAACUACUCAGCCAACAACCCAAAUGACACGGGCACUCCACCUCCUAUACCCCCUGCUGAUGUCAUCAGAGGACCAUGUUGGGAGACCACAGUGGGAAUAGAAUUUGUGAAGCUUACAGUAUCAGAUAUACAGGUGACUUAUCUGACCAUCCUGAUUGGUGACUUUCUGAGAGCAGUGAUUGUGCGUUUCCUGAACUACUGCUGGUGCUGGGACCUGGAAGCAGGCUGGCCUUCCUAUGGUGAAUUUGACAUAAGCGGCAAUGUGCUUGGUUUGGUUUUCAACCAAGGAAUGAUCUGGAUGGGUGCGUUCUACGCACCUGGUCUGGUUGGAAUCAAUGUUCUACGUCUCCUGUCCUCUAUGUACUACCAGUGCUGGGCUGUAAUGGCCUGCAAUGUCCCUCAUGAGAGAGUCUUCAAAGCUUCCAAAUCCAAUAACUUUUACAUGGGCCUGUUACUGCUCAUCCUCUUUCUGAGUCUACUUCCUGUGGUUUACACCAUCAUGUCUUUACCUCCUUCCUUUGACUGCGGACCUUUCAGUGGCAAGGAAAGAAUGUUUGAUGUCGUUAUGGAGACCAUUGAUCUGGAUCUACCAGCAUUUAUGGGGACGCUUUUCAGUUAUGCAGCAAAUCCUGGCCUUAUUAUACCUGCAGUACUACUCAUGGUAUUGGCAAUUUAUUAUCUUAAUUCAGUGUCAGAAGCCUACAAGAAUUCCAACAUGGAGCUAAAAAAGAAGAUGCAGAUGGCAAGAGAUGAAGAGAAGAACAGACGCAACAACAAAGACAGCACUAACCAAGUGAUGAAGGAUUUAGAAGAUCUGCUCCCCAAUCGUUCUCUGGCGCCCCCUGCCCCUCCAGUGAAUAAUGCAGAAAAAAGACCUGAGGGUGGAAAAUCUCCAAAAGUGAAACCAGGAACUGCUGGAGGUGGCGUGCAUGUGCAGAAAGACGUGUCACUUGCAUCAGCCAAUCCUAAUGCCCGGGGACCUGUGACUCGAGCACCAGGUCCCCGGGGACCUGUGACUCGAGCACCAGGUCCCCGGGGACCUGGUCCACUACCUGGUCGACCAGGGGCAGGACCCCCUAGAUGGCAGUAAUAUGUGAUGAGUUUAGAAUUGUGUGCACUAGUUGUCUAUGUGCGUGAUUCUGCUUUAGAAGUGGUAUUGAUUGUCUUUCUAAAGAAAAAAAUAUAAUAUAUACAGUAUAAAUUGUAUGUACACUCUAACAAUAAAGGUGCUUAAAAGGUUCUUCACAGCGAUGCCAUAGAAGAACCAUUGUUGGUUCCACAAAGAACCAUUCAGUCAAAGGAUCUUUAAAGAACCAUCUCUUUCUUACUUUUUUAUAAUCUGAAGAACCCUUUUCUGUAUUUUUGUGAAGCAGAAAGGUUCUUCAGAUGUUAAAGGUUCUUUAUGGAACCAAAAGGUUCUCUGGCAUCGAAGAACCUUUUGACGCACCUUUUUUUUAAGAGCGUAUAUAGCUGCUAUAAACAUUUGUGGAAAUUUGUAAACAUUAAAUACUGUGUAUGUUUUAUAUACAUUUAACAUUUCUUCAAGUUUGGGAAAGAUUAGAUAUGUCACCUGGCUAAAUGCUCAUUAUGUAUUUAAGGUGUGUAAAUGAUAUCACUUGCCUAUCUGAUAUACAACUGAAUAACUGAUGCAACUCUUAUUUAUU